AUGAGCCCUUUAUCCAAAGCAAAGUUGUCGCCGAAAGAUAAAAAGUACUCACAACUGGUUGAGAAAACGCUUGCCACGUUCGAUUCGCUUGAAGAAUGGGCAGAUUAUAUUGCAUUUUUAUCCAGAUUACAGAAGUCUCUUCAAUUUAAUAUAGACACUGCAAAGGAAUCAUACUAUGUUCCAUAUUCAUCCCAAGUUGCUAAUCGCUUGGCAUUGUGCCUUUCCUCAGACCUCCCCAAUGGUGUUCAUCAAAAGGCAUUGAGUGUAUAUGAGUAUAUUUUUGAAAGAUUGCCGGAAUCAACUUUGAAUAAAGAUAUAAAUAUUUGGUUGCCAGGUUUAUUACCACUUUUUUCGUAUUCGUCCAUCCUGGUUAAACCACUACAAAUUAAAAUGUUUCGUCAUUUAAUAUUAUCACAGUUAAGUGCAACUACAUUACGUAGCAUCAGCAAACCGUUUAUUCUAUGCUUGCUUUCAGGAUUAGAUGAUGAAAACUCUGAAGUGUUUGGAGAUGUUAUUGAAUUGUUGGAUGCUUACAAACAGAAGCUCAAUGAUGACUCGCAUUUUUGGCAAAGUAUGUUUCUCUGCAUCAUUAGAAAUCCCGAACGAAGACCUGGUGCGUUGCAUUGGUGUGUAAAGAGGCUUCCUCUGUUUAUCAGCUUCAAAGAUCAAAAUGGAAACCCAGUACUAUCUGAAGAGGCUCAGCUCUGUUUAAAACCGGAACCAGGGUUACUAAUCAGAGCAAUGGCAAUAUCUAUUGAUAACCCAGAGUCAUUUGAUAUAGUUGUCGUUAGAGGUUUUUUUGAUUUAAUGUUGUCUCAUAUACCUUUGGAUAGUGAUGUUAUUACUAAUCGAAUUACUCCUACUGACAGAGAGGCUCUCAUAAUGGCAUGUUCGAAGAUCACAUUGUGCAAAGACAUGAGCUUGAAUAGAAGAUUGUGGACCUACUUUUUGGGACCCGAAACUGAACACGAAAGCCUGAAAGCACUUACACGAACGGAGUAUUUUAAGCAAUACGUUGAGGAGACUUUGAUUGGUGGUCUCUUAACAAUGGCAAAUUCUGACAAAAUUGAACUGAAAUGUGACGCGUUCAAAAUUUUGUUACCGUUAAUCAUGGAUAAAUGGGAGAUUGGGAAUGUUUUAACUCCAAAGUUAUUUUCCUCGUUUUUAAAAAUUGCAUACAAUAAUUGUGAUCACCAGGACUUGAUGAUUUCAGCAAGUACUCUUUUCGACGGAGUAGAAUCAGUUUACAUUUGGUCCGACAUCAUUGGUGUUAUAUUGGGAGAUGGAAAUGACGAUGAGGAACAUGAUUUUGAUGUUGUUCAUUUUGUUUUGAAGGACUUCAAUGUCAAUGAAGAAGAAAUGGCCACCGUUCAUGUGCCAUUUGCAAUAUUGUGUUUACUAUCUAAAUCAACAAUAACUUCUAAAAGACUAGAUACAUUAGAGUUGUUAGUAAAUUUGGCUUCAGGUCGAUCUUUGGGUACUUUAGACGAAGAGGUUACUUGCUGUGAAAGUGAAAUUAUUAGCAAAAUCAAAGCGUGGUACUCUUCAAGUCUUAAAGGUGAAAGCCUUGAUACCCCCUUUUCACAAGGUCAAGUUUCAUUUUUGAUAGUCAACUUAUUACAAAAAGUUUACAUUGACAAUAUGGAAGACACUCGGUUUUGUGUUCGGAUUGCUGAAUUGUUGAAUCACGUAAGAAACUUUGCAAUGAUUAAAUCAAGCCACGGCAUCCAAGAUUCAAAGUUGGUAGAAAAAAUUUUGAAUAUUUCUGUCCCAGAUUUCGGUUGUGAGCCCAAUCAAGAUGGAUUGUUAGUGGCAUUUGGAAUUUCAAAGCUUGUGGGGAUAUUCGCCAAACUGUUAACCCAUGAAACUAACGAAAAGGUGUUAAAAGUAUUGCUUUCAAAUUUAUGGACCGCAGUAGUUUCUUCUGAUCCAGCCAACCAUCAAGUAGAAGCGGUGAGAGCAAUUUUUGAAUUAGAGACAUGCUACUCCUUGAAAAAACUUGAAGCAGGUUUGGUGGAAUUAUUUCUUACGUUACCUGAGAACCGCCGUGUCAAGGCUUUUGAAAUAUUGUGGAUUCAUUCAAUCUCAAUAAAUGAGAGUGAUAGAAUUUUGGAAAAAGCUCUUCAAUUGUUACUUGAUGGUUGUUCAGAUGAUAGCUCUCAAAAUAGAUUACCUAUUGAUGAAUUUUUAAAACAAAUUAUUAAAACAGGGGCUUCUAACAGAUUACUCAAGUUGAUAACUAAUCCAAUUUUAGCUUUUGAUUUCAUUGUUGCCGAAAAUGAAUCAUUAGUAUUAGAUGAUGAUUUAGGUCAGUUUUCAUAUUUCUUGAACUUAAUUGUCAAAGUCAUCACUGCAGAUGUUAAACUGUUCCGGGAUUGUUUUAACAAUGAACUUGCUGUGAUGGACAGUAAGCUGAAAAUUGCUUUGGUGAAGGAAAACAACUGGGAUAUCUCAACUUAUAAAUCUUUACUAUUGUCUGUUAUUCAAAAGUUUUUUCAGUUGAAUUUAGCUUCUGAAAUGGCUAAGGAUAGAGAGCAAAUGCAGAAUUACUAUUCCUCAAUUGAUAAUUGCUUACAGUUAUUGCACUUGUUAGUGACUGGGAAUGAAAAUGACUUUGGAGAUUUGUUGAUGUUUUUGAUUCAAAUUUCUUUGAAGCUUUCCAAAUCUGACACAAUAUCUCCAACUAUUGAGGCCGUUCAGUCAAAAAUUUUGCAGUGUAUUUUUUACUAUUUGGAGCGUGCAACAGAGUUGAGAUUAGAUUUGAAUUUACUACACGUUGAAGAACAGAACAAAAACCCAUUGUUAAUUAAUUUUAUAUCUCUCGGAAUCCUGAAAAGCGAAUCCCCCAUAUUGUUGGAAAAGUGGAUAUCGCUUCUUAUUAAAUCAUUAUACUUGUUUGGAGAAUCUGUGUUCAGUGUCUUGCUUAUCUUGAAUGACACGUUGAUUAAGAAAAUUGACAAUUUGUUUGACCAAUUCUCUACGUGGCAACAUUUCAAAGACCCACAAGAUUUUGAAAGCUCAAUUGAUAUUCUUUUUAGUGGUUUGGAAGACUUGUUGACAAUCAGCCAUGGCUAUUUAAUGACAUCUAAUAUUAAACUGCAAGCUGAAAAUCAAAAGAAUUCCACUACUGACAACGGAUUCCUAAAUACGGUUAUUCUGGGUGUUUUCCAAAUUGAAUCUCCUGCCAUUCGAUCAUCAGAACAAAAUAAACUAUAUUCGAUCCUUUUGGCGUUUCACGAUGCGGUGCGGGUGAGUUUCAAGAUCUGGAAUUGGUCUGAUUCGAAAACAACAACCCCUUCAACAGUGAAUUACUAUUCAGAUAGAUCGUUGACCUAUAUAUCUCAUAAGCUCAAGUUUAGAGCUAGGAAGUUAUUGGAAUCGUUAUUGGAUAUGGAAAGACAGGAAGUUGUUGAGUCUAUCUUGAUUCUGAACGGUUCUGUGAAUGCCAAGCUUAAGCUAAUAGAUAUAUUGGACGGUGGUAGACCUCAAAUGACUUUGCCUUCAAUACUAAAAUCUAUUUUAUCAAGAUCAAAUUUACCAGUGUUUUCAGAAUUGUCACGAGUGGCCGUUGAUUUAGAUUUCGAUUUAAAUAUGAAAGAGCUUUCCCGGUUUUUAGUUGACUUUUUGAAUUUCAUUGAUAAUGAUUCGGUUGCGGAUGUUUGGAAUUAUAUAAUGGUUUUCUUCAAAGAUAUUCUAGCUCAUGUUGGUGCUUUUAAUGAAAUUUUGCUGGAUUGUUUACUUAUUUGUAGUGGUUUAUCCAAGAAGUUGGCCUCCAUAAAAAACAGAGAUCACAAGUAUGAGAAAGAAUUAGGUGAUAUCUUUGUUCGUUUAUUCAAUCAGGUUCUCAGUUUGAAACAGUUUUUGCUUAGCGACAUGUCAAAGACUAAUCCAAAGACCAUGGACAAUGGGAAUUUAGUUAAUAGCAAAGUUGAUUUGGAAAAUAAUUUUAAAACAUUUUGCCAAAUAAUUCCGGUCUUUGAAGAUAUUUUGCAGGACAAUGAUAAAGUAACUCUGCUUGCUAACUCAACAGUCACUAAUUUUAUUAUCCCGCGAACAAAGCUGAAAACGGUUUCCGAGAUUCCUGAAGAUGUUGUCGUUAUUAUGAACAUACUUGGAGAGGCCAACUCUUGUCGUAGUUGGAAGACAUUGGUUUCGGAUUUAUUUAUGGAGAGGAGUUUUUUCAAUAACACACUGUCGAUUUCAAGUGUUUGGAGAUCUGUUAUCAACAGUUGGAUGGUACACGAUAAGGAGAGAUUCGGCGAGAUCAUAUCCAGAAUUACAAUUACUUCUGGUGCCUCGCCAAGUAAUUUGUUUGUAUGGAAUGAGAUGUCAGAAAUUGAAAACAAGGCUAACUUGUUGAAGAGAUUGGUGUAUUUGAUUUUGGUGCUUCCCAAGGAUUACUUUUUGAAUUAUUUGGAACCUCUAUUCGACAAGGUGAACGUUCUUUUAAAUGGUAAUUGCCCUGACAUCAUUCGUAUCCAAAUUAUGAUUCUUUUUAGAGCUGUCUGUUUGAAGUUCAACGAGUUGCACUUAUUGCUGAAAUGGACUUUGAUUUCACAUGAACUUUUAUCUAUAUUUGAAAACUUAUUAGCCAAAUCUGCUAAAGAGUUGUCCACCUUGUCCCAAGACAGCUUGCAGCUUAUAUUUUUUGGUUGUAAACUAUUGGAUCAGUUGUUGAUUUUAAGCUACGACGAGUUCAACUUGAAAGAGUGUUUGUUCGUAUCAACCAGUCCAGAUUUGGACGAUGGCGAAUCCAUUUCAGUCAUUAGCAAAAUAUCAAAAAAGUACGAUUUGACCUACUUGAAGGAUGAGCCAUUUAAAGUCGAUCAAGCGCUGGGUCUGCUACGUCCCUUGUUGGAGGGCAGGAGAAAGAUUGAGCUGUUAACUCAAUUAAGACUAUUUUUUGACUCACUUGGAUUGAUCAAUUAUGAAAGAACAUAUAGUUUGUACCCUAUAGAUUAUGGCUCCUGUAUAACUGAUGCUUUGAACGAUUUGGUAAAUUGA